AGAGAGAGAGAGAAGUGGAGAGGGAGAGGGGUAGCGAGGGGCACAGAGUAGUGCACGCAGCACCAGGGACCUGGUCUUAAGGGAGACCUGCUCUGCCCUGGGAAUAGCCGGCCCGAGAAAAACAAAGCCGCCGUCGCUAAUGAGACUUUUGGUUAGCGCGUACCGGGAGGGGGACCGCAGCGAGACCCCGACCGCCGGCCGAGCGGACUCGUUUGUUUCGCUCCUUCGUUCCUGAGCUCGGAUUCAACGUGAUGCAACGUUUCUGUCACCGAAGCACCUGGGGGCAACAAGUGAGUCAUUAAGGCUUCCCUCCCUCCCCCUGUCCGCACACACGUGCGCGCGCGCACACUCACACGCUUGAGGGACAGCACAAGAACAGCCACGAGAAGCAAAGGCAAGUUACAGUUCUUUUCCUUGUGCUGCUUCUUUUUUUCCCUGAGUGCGUGUGAGACGCCGUGCGUGUGGAAAACUGGAUGAAAAGGCUAAAAACUGCAGAGAAUGCAUCCGGGAGCAUGAAUCCUGCCGGGAAGGAGAAUGACAUGUUUUGUCAGAAGGCGGUGGCCCUGAUUGUUGACCUUUGUCUUCAAAACAGCGCCUUCCUGGACUCGGAUACCUGCCAGGACUAUCUCCUACUGCUGAGGAACCCUAGCCCAGGUCAUAAGGAGACAGACCUCUCUUUCAGCUUCCUCCUCGCUGUGCUAGCGCUGUGCGGCCUGGGCUUGCUGGGGUUCUGCGCCUUCGCCUCCUGGAAGCUGUGCUGGGUGCCCUGGCGCAGCAAGGCCCUGUCCUCUAGCUCCGCCCCCCUCGCCCCCGCCGCGUCCCCCGCAGGGGGCGGAGACGACCGCUCGCCCCCGCUGACCGCCCGCUGCUUGGACGCCAUGGCGACCGAGAAGGCCAAGGACCCCCUGGCCUCCGUCAGCUUCCUGGAGGCGGCGGUGAAGAUCAGCCACACGUCGCCCGACAUCCCCGCCGAGGUGCAGCUCUCCAUGCGCGACCACUUCCUGCGCCGCACCCAGCGAAUGCAGCGCCAGACCACCGAGCCGGCCUCCUCCACCAGGCACAGCUCUUUUAAGAGGCACCUGCCCAGGCAGAUGCAGGUGUCCAGCCUGGACCUGGGGAACGACUACGUAGACGUGGACCUGGACGAGCAGCCGACCAGCAUCGGCCGCAUCAAGCCCGACCUCUACAAGCAGAAGACGCUGGAAACGGAGGAGGCGCCCGAGAACGGCGGCAAGACGUGCGGCAAGAUCAACUUCUCCCUCAAGUACGACUACGAGAACGAGGCCCUCAUCGUCAACAUCCUCAAGGCCUUCGACCUGCCCGCCAAGGACUUUUGCGGCAGCUCCGACCCCUACGUCAAAAUCUACCUGCUCCCCGACCGCAAGCGCAAGUUCCAGACGCGCGUGCACCGCAAGACCCUCAACCCCACCUUCAACGAGUCCUUCCAGUUCCCCGCCUCCUACGACGAGCUGGCCGUCAGCAAGCUCCACCUCAGCGUCUUCGACUUCGACCGCUUCUCCAGGCACGACAUGAUCGGCGAGGUGAUCCUGGACAACCUCUUCGAGGUGUCGGACCUGUCCAGGGAGACGUCCAUCUGGAAGGACAUUCAGUACGCGACCACCGAAAGUGUGGACCUGGGGGAGAUCAUGUUCUCACUCUGCUACCUGCCCACUGCCGGGAGACUCACGCUCACCGUCAUCAAGUGCAGGAACCUCAAAGCCAUGGACAUCACGGGAUACUCAGAUCCGUAUGUGAAAGUGUCCCUCAUAUGUGAUGGAAGGCGAUUGAAGAAGAAGAAGACGACCAUUAAGAAAAACACUCUGAACCCCACCUACAACGAGGCCAUCAUAUUCGACAUUCCACCGGAGAGCAUGGACCAAGUCAGCCUCCUCAUAUCCGUCAUGGACUACGACAUGGUCGGGCACAAUGAGAUCAUCGGGGUGAACCGUGUGGGGUGCAGCGCAGAAGGCCUGGGCAGAGACCACUGGAAUGAGAUGUUGGCUUACCCCCGCAAGCCGAUUGCUCACUGGCACCCCCUGCUGGAGCCCAAGAAAUCUGAAAAAGAGUGGAAAGGACGUACUGCCAGCUUCGACAGCCAAGGGUCCUGCCCUUCCCCCAAACCUCCCAGCAGCCCCUGAGGCGAGCUGUCGGCGUGGGGGUGGGGGGUCUUCCUGUCUCCAGCUGACUCGCCGUCUGUCUGUCCGUCCGUCCCCCCCACUCUCCCCAUUCAUCCUCGGUGUACACCACUAGCUCCCCAGGGCAUUAACCCUAGAUCAGUUUUCCCCUUUUGCACUAAAUGCUCGGGGUUAUGAACUGGAGCCGGACUAGCGGAUCCUAGGUCAGUGCUUGGGGGGGUGGAGCCGUGUCCUCGACGUGCUCCGAAGAGCCGCCUUAACGUUCCCAGGACGACCGCCGCGCCGAAUCAGAUCACGGCGAGCCUCGGGGGUUUUUGUAAAGCAUCAGAGUGUUCCGUUCCGCACGGACAGGAUCUUUGGUCAGAUCACACGCUUUGAUAGUUGCCAUAGUGAACUGGAACAGUGCGGAGGAGCAGGUAGUGGUGAGAUAGGACAGCAUGGGGCAAAGCAUCCUGUCAAAGCAUCGGCCUCCACAUCAAGGCACAAAAUGGAUUAUACUGUGAGAACGCUGGCGACUGUGGCGAGGAAACGAUUAAUCUGAGACCGAAAAGAACACAGGCAUUAUAAAAUAUACAGUCAUUAAAUUAUAAGCAUAUUAUUAUUCCAUAAUUACCUUAUGGCAGGUAGAAAGGAACAUAAAACUCCAAGUGAGCUAUAAUUACUCAUGCCCUGUACAAUAAAAAUGCAAUCAACCCAUCAUUCCAUUUUUUUAAAGAUCAGAUUUAUUGACAUUGAGUAACGUGCAUUUUAAUUCAUCGCUAAAAAUAAAUCAAAAACUCUUAAAGCCUUAAUGAAAAACAAAAUUGCAAAGGGUAACGCGAUUCCCAGCGUUCGUGCGGAAGGGUCAGAGAGGGAUUUUGUAACAGGUGGCAGACUGUAAAUUUUUUGCAGGGUUCUUGAAAUGCACAUAAACCCCUGCCAUCAAUCUGAGGUGAACACAGCUGGGACGAUCAAUACUGUAGGCCUUCUGGAGCUAGCUGCAGGGUCAUAGGGCGAGCACACGCACGCACUCGGCAGAAGAUGCGGUGCUCUUAAAGCUCGAAGAAACGUGCAUUUAAUGGUACAUCUGAUACACUUCCCUUCUCCCAGACUGUAGGUUCUUGUAGUACUCCAACUGUCGUGUAGGCUCCUGGCCAAAGAACACAAUCCUGCUACUUGCAAAAUGUUUUAUUGGGGAAAUCUCUGCGUAUUUAUUUCCAUAUUUUUGAGGGUGAUAACGUCAAGGUUUUAUUGUAUGUAGAGCUGAAGAGGAAUUCCUAGCUCUUAUGUUGUGUUUUCUGUGUAAAUUAAACUGUAGGCAUUUUUGGGAAGGUCACUGUAGGCAUUUUGUGAAGCUGUUAAAUGGUGCCUUCCAAUCGAUACAGUCCCGUUUUAUGAUGUCAUUUUUGCGAAAAGAAAACUGUAGUGUUAGAAAUGUGAAAACAGACUGGCGUGGUUUUGAAUAUUCAAAGAAAAAUGUGCAUUGCAGAACACAACAAGGUUUCAUGAAAAUAUUUCAUCAUUAUUUUAGUCAAAGUAAUAAUUUAGUGAAAGCUAUAAAUGGAGAACAGGCGGCAGUCUAAUGUACAGCACUAAUGUUGUCUUUGGAUACUUCAAAGCAUCUUUACUUCGUUGUCAAAAACAUCUUUACACCCUUUGUACAUCGCGCACAACCUGGCUGAAUUAGAAAUGAUGUGUUUUCAACAGGACUGUUGUUGAACAAAGGGAGGGUCAGAGUUUCUGAUUUCUUGUUAUUUUUGAAGGACAUUCGCUUACACUUUUAUGUUUUUCGACAGAGCAGACGUGAACUGGGGUUGCCACUAGAACCAUUUACUGCCACUCAUUUGAAGAUUUCAUUUGAACAUUUCCUGCUUUUAAGACACAAAACAAAAUGGUGCUUAAAUAUACAGUUAUUAAAUUAAACACCAAACCCCACAAUUCAUUCUGUUCAGACACAUUGACUUGCACCUCCUAGUUUCAAAGGCAAGAUAGUGAGACUCUUGUUCCUAUAUACUGGAAAGUAGCAGUUUUUUAAAUAUCUGCCUAAAAUGCCUAGGGUAAUCAUUGAAGUAAUUGUGUUAAAUGCAGAAGUGAUGCAGAAAUAGCCAUUAGCGUAGAUUAGUAUUGUCUUGAUUUCCACCCUGUAGAAAUGGCUCAUGUAUCUUCAUGUCUUAUUUUAAAGUGAAUUUUGCGGUUACUGUUAUCACUUGAAAGUAAUGAGGCAAAGACCUCCCUUUUAUGGCUAGAGUUGCUGAGUAGAAACUGAGAGAAAAGAAAAAAAUGUGAAAACGUGAACCAAAUGUACAAUGUGCAGUGUUUGAGUUUACACUUCCUUGAGAUCAAUAAACUGCCAUUUUGGUCAGACAGUGAAAAAAAUUAAUUAGGGCUACAGAAAAUAAUUUCAUACCAUAAUAAUCACCCUAACAGCAUUCGACAGCAACACUUGCCCUCUGCACAUUUUGAUCACAAAGAGUAAGACAUUGCUAUAGUGAUUUAUUUUGGUCUUGAAGCAUGUUCUUUCAAAAAAUGCCAUGAUGUAUAGGGAAGUACAAACCACCUAUCAUUUGUACAGUGAGAUAAAAGCACUGAAUAUAUUUUGCACAACAUUUUGUACUGAAAGCACAAGGGAAACCCUUUUCAGGGGGACCCACUGAAGAAGGGGUUAUUCAACAUCUGCUUCUCAUUUGGAGGGUUUGUAGAGUGUUACCUUACUCUGCACUACCCAUCCAAAGCUACAGAUCAAGAGCAAAGGUGAAAAGUCUGGAAAUGCCUGUGCUUUCAUACCCUGUAAACCAAGAGGACUUCCUUCAGAGGGGGUUCUCCCAUAACCAAAACUUACAGAGAUUUAAAAUUGCAGAUCAGCUUUUAAUAUGUAUGGGGUUCAGCCUUUCUGUUGCUUGUGAGCCAAAAGACCAGAACAAAUAAAUACUUUUCUUUUAAAAGCAAGCAAAAGUUUUACAGGACAACAUUCUGAAUGAAACUCAACAUCGAUGCUGGGACAAGGCUUAAGAACUUGAAAUUGAAAAAUAAAAAACGAAAAGUUUCCUGUGUCCUUAAAAAUAAUCGCUCGCAAACCGCAGCAACAGCAUGUUUUAUUUCCUGACACAUUUUGCUGUAAACACAAUUUACAAUUUUACUUAUCACUCCUGGACUUAUAUGCAAAACCAUUCUGGAUGUAUAUGCUUUCCCUGGACUGAAAUAAACUUACUCUGUGAGGCCGUGAGCGGGCCAGAGACCUCUGAGAUGUGACAUUUGGCUAAUUGGCAGUUGUUAGUUCUGAAGUACGAGAGGCGGGGUUCUCAGCUGGAGUGAUCUCUUUGCGCCAUCAUCAGUUUCGCACUACGUGAUUGUCGAGAUGUAGGCCUAUGUGUUUAUAUAUAGCAUCCAUAAUUGGUUCCCUACAUUCCAACUGGCUCCGGUUUGCGGGAGGACAAAGAAAAGAAAACUGAUUGACAUGUCCCCCCCCCCCCAUCAAUUCCUCCUGUGUGUGUGUGUGUGUGUGUGUGUGUAUUUGUGUGUGUGUGUGUGUGUGUGUGUGUGUGCGCGCGUGCAUGUGUGAUGUGUGAUGAUAUCCCUCUGUUUAUAGAAAAAGAGGGGGUGUUCAGAGUGGUUAAGCUUAGGUUCUUAGGACUGUUGUAAGGCCUCACAGCUUUGAUGAUCAUCGUGCAUAGUGUUUAUUAAUGUGAGUAAUGUUCUCUUUCCGUUUAUCAUGCCGAUCAACUGACUUUCCAAUUUUUUUGUAUUGAAACUUUGUAUUUGUAAUAUAACUGUUUGAAACUGUUCGGAAAACUGUCCUUGUAUUUUAAAUAAGCCACAAUAAAACAAUUAGUUCUAAAACA